CAGGUGCUGUGAGCUGCCUACCCCUUCUCUGCCCUCUUCUGGGACAUGGACAGAGUGACCCUGGGCCUCCUCCUGGUGCUGGCAGGUGUCCCUGCCCUGGAAGCUAAUGACGUGGUUGAUAAAAACAGUCCCCUCUACUACGACUGGGAGACCCUGCAGCUGAGCGGGACCAUCUGUGCAGUGAUCCUGUGCAUCGUGGGAAUCGGCUUCCUCCUGAGCAGCAAAUGCAAAUGCAAACACAAGCAGAAGCCCAGCCCCUUACCAGAGAAAGCUGUUCCACUCAUCACUCCAGGCUCUGCCAGCUCCUGCUGAGCACGUGGUGGUGCUCCCACUGCUGACCCCCACGAUUGCCUUCCCAGUCGGAGCAGGUCUUAGCUCUUGUG